AUGGCAGCAAAAAUGAGAUUACCUCCCUUGCCGUCAGUCGCCGACGUAUUAAAAUUAUAUCACCUGAGAGCGCGCAAAGAACUGGCCCAGAAUUUUCUGCUAAGCGAGAAGAUAAUAAACCGAGUUGUGAACCAAGUUGGAAAAAUAGAGGGCUCGCAUGUGUUGGAAGUCGGUCCAGGACCUGGUGGACUGACUAGGUCUAUUAUAAAGAAGCGACCAAGCAGGCUGGUGGUCAUCGAGAAGGACUCGAGGUUCAAGCCAACAUUGGACUUGCUUUCAGAAACAUUGGGGGUGAUUGGAGGCAAGAUGGAGAUUUUUUACGACGACAUAAUGCGGACUAACAUGAAGAAAGUGUUCCCUCAAGAAUUACAUCGAAACUGGGACGACCCUCGGAACCCGAGGGCUUUUAUCAUCGGGAACCUGCCCUUCAAUGUCUCUACUCCUUUGAUCAUCCGCUGGCUAAAAAUGAUUUCGCAGAGAACUGGACCCUGGGCUUUGGGCAGGGUCAAGAUGUGCCUGACUUUUCAGAAAGAAGUCGCUGAAAGGCUGGUCGCAGAACCGCAUUUUGAUCAGCGCUGCAGGCUGUCUGUGAUGGCUCAAGCUUGGACCACUCCUAAGCUCUGCUUCACUAUUCCUGGGUCCGCUUUUGUUCCCGCGCCGGAUGUUGAUGUCGGGGUUGUAUUGUUCGAGCCGUUGGUCAACCCUCAGACUGAUUACGAUUUUGAUUUCUUUGAGAGAAUUACCAGGCAUAUGUUUUCGUUCAGACAAAAAUAUUCGGACGUAGAUCCUACAACGCGGCCUUAUCAGCUCACAGUAGCAGAAAUCCACCGACUUUGCUCAGCUUACAAGUAUAUUGUCGAAAAACAUCCGGAUAUUAAGGAUUAUAAUUACCGAGAUAGUAAAAAAAUCGUAGCGUCCGCGAUGACCAAGAGUAUUUACAUACGUGAACUGAAGGAGGGGGAAGAAAUUCCUCCUGAUAAUUUUGUACCACCUAGAAAUUCCAGUUUACGUACAAUCGAGCAAGGAUAA